AUGAGCGAUCCAAGUCAAGACCCCGGGUCUAAAGCAGCUCAGCUCUACGACUCUCUACCAAUUCCACGCGACGCCCAGUUCAUCCGGGUUCUCGACAUUCCGGCAAAGAGCUCAACCGCCAAUGAGAGCCUGACUGGCUCCCUGAGGAUUGUUAAUCUCAAGGACUCCCCCAAGUUUACCGCUCUCUCAUACGUCUGGGGCAAGGCCUCGGGCAAAUCAAUCAACUGCAAUGGAUACGAAGUCAAGGUCACAGAUUCUUGCUUCGAGGCCUUGUCCUCUCUGCGAGAAGCCAUUGGUAGUUUUACCAUCUGGGUUGAUGCUAUCUGCAUCAACCAAAUGGAUGACGACGAGAAGGCCGCCCAAAUACCGCUCAUGGGCGAGAUCUAUAUCUGGGCUGAGGUGGCCUACAUUUGGCUGGGGCCUAGCACUGUCAAAAUAAAGAAGGCCCUAGAUUAUGUCAAGUUUGUAUCUCAAUAUCGCUUGUUUCCUGCGGGUAUUCCAUGGAACAGUGGGAACAGACUGAUGACGGCCUCCCAAGAGCAGACCCAGCUUUACAAAACCAUCCGCUCAAUGACGUUUUUCAAGGGUUUCAGCAAUGAAGACCGUUGGCUCCCUGCCAAGCUUCCCCCCUUGCCACAGGUCAACGUCGACCGGGUCUGGGUGGAUUUUACGCUACGAGUUAUCUGGUAUUUCAUGGGACCCCUCUAUCCAUAUCGGUUCAACUACGACUGGGACUCUCUUCUGGAACUUGUUGAUCAAGCCUGGCUGCGAAGGUCUUGGACUUUCCAAGAGAGCGCUUUGGCCUCUAACCCCAUCUUGGUUUUCGGCCAAGAACACGUUUCUUGGCAGGAGUGGCAACAAGCAAUCGCCUGGAUCAACGACCUCAUGAGCCUUAAAGACACGUCCAGGUUUCGCCCUCUACGUGGGACUCGUGCCGAGACUGCGUGUCUGUGGCCUGUACAGAAAUGGAUGUCGCUGUGCAAUAUCUGGCAGGUUCUUCCUCGUCCAUGUUGUUGGAACGGGGACCGAUUUCGCGAGGUGCUGGACAAGGCAGGGGGCUUCAAGGAGGACUGCUCCGUUCGAGAGUAUUGGCAAAAACUGGACAUGUAUCGGAUCCAACACCAAGCGAGAUCGUCUGCCAAUAAUCUCCACUGGGUCAUUUUCUUGUUUCUGGGCUUCCUCGCAAAGAUGAUCGAGGUGUGGUCAAACAACACGCAAUGGAGAUCCGGGGUAUUCUAUAUAUUAUGGGAUGCCUGUGUCUGGUUGGUAAAGCUUGGCGUCAUGGGAUGCAUUGGUAUUUGGCUAAUACCGACCUACCUGCCCAAGAUUCAACCGUCGUGGCAUAAGUUCACCUGUAUCAGUCAGCCCAAGAACUCUGAGCAGCGGGACCAUCUUGUUGGACUUAUACGAGCUAUGAGAGAGCGCGAGUGUAGCCUGAAGGAAGACCGGGUGUUUGCCGCUGGCGCCAUCUUCAAGCGGCUGGGUAUCCAUCAACCAACCCCCGACUACAGAAAGUUAACAGGAGAAAUCUACCGAGAUUCUCUUACCGGGUUGAUAGAAUGGGACUCGUCUUUUAUCAGUCUGCUGAUCGACAGCGGCUCCCAUCUUCCUGACGCUCCCAGUUGGGUUCCUGACUGGAGUACCGUUGCUCAGAGGAGUUGGCUCUCGUCUUCCUACAUAUACGAUGCCAUCCAAGCACCACAACAGCCAGGCGAGGCAGCGCCUAUAUCGAUUUCCGGAAACACUCUUUCGGUACACGCAGCAUUCCUUCACACCGUGACGCACUGCACAGUACCAUUCCGCAGUGCCGAAGUUGAUUCUGCGGGAAAUAUGAUACCUGGAAUGGAAGAGAACUUUCUUCACAACGCUCAAGUACUAUUUCGAUGGGUCAUGAGAGUCAGAGGAGAUGUACUUGUAGACGGUGUGUAUGAAUCGAUACCCCUGGGCGUUCUAAGCGCACUUAAUGGGUAUCGCACCGACCUUACCAGUAUGGAUACAGAUGCACAGCAUGCUUUCAACAAAGUGUAUACGACCAUGAAACGACACAGUGGAAAACUUAAGAACCAGUUGGAAACCAUGGCCGGGAUUGUGCCAGCUACUCGAGCAACCCUCAAAGACAUGGCUGACGAGCAGGCGUGUCUCGCCUUCAUCUUCCAUGCGUGCAAUAACCUAGCAGGCAAACGAGGCUUAUUCUUAUGCAGCAAUGGAACGCUCGGCUCAGGGCCCGAAACCAUGCUUGAAGGAGACUUGAUCGCUCUCGUCAAAGGGGUUGCUGUCCCAAUGGUUCUUCGGCGGCAAAGCGACAGUGCUCAGGCAGAUGCGUACACGGUCGUUGGGCCGAGCUUUGUCGACGGCUUGAUGAACUUGGGCGUGGAAGAGUUGGAAAAGAUGAACUUGGAUUGGCAACAGAUUGAUUUGGUUUGA